AUGAUUCAGAUCGCUAUUGAUGGCGUUACUAUUGUGUGGUUGUUCGGCAAUCACUGUCGCGGCUCUGAUAAGGCGCGCUCGGUGAUAACCACUGGAGUUGGCGGACAGUCGCCUGGAGGCCUUCAAAGAGUGCGCACGCGCCGUCGCAAAGCGCAACAAAACUAUCGUGUUAAACACAUAGUUGCUCUAGCUAGAAGACCGUCUUUGAGAAGAAUCGUUAUGGCACCAGGAGCUCAUUCCGCCCACGCAAUGAUGGAGGACAAAGAAAAAGCGCUUCACGGAGCUUUGGCAACCGUGAGGUCCAGUCGCAUCAGCCAAUUCGCACCUUUGCUGAUCGCGCUGGUGGGUCUACCGGCGCGUGGCAAGAGUCAGCUAGCACACCGCCUGUCCAGGCAUCUCAAUUGGAAUGGUGAAAGCACUAAAGUGUUCGACUGCAGCGAGUACAGGCGUCGGCGCAUGGCGCUAUAUGGCAGCCAUGACAUUUUCCGCGCCGAUAACGCGCAGGGCUCUGCCAUCCGUCGUCAAAGUGCCCGUGAAGCCGUGCAAGAUGCUGUACUCUGGUUGAAGGAUGGGAAUAGUGUAGCUAUCUUUGACGGCACUAACAUUACGAGGGAACAGCGUCGCGAUUUGGAAGAGUACUGCGUCUCCGACAUGGGCUUCAGAAUCCUAUUUAUCGAAUGCGUCUGUGAAGACCAGGAGUUACUCGAGAGGAACAUAAUUGAGAUCCUCCAUUAUUCAGCUGAUUACAAGUCCAUGAGUGAAGAGGAGGCCGUUGAUGACUUGAGGAAGAAGUUGGAACAUUACAUGAGACAAUACGAACCGAUCGAUGAUAACCUAGAGACUAUUAGUUUUGUUCGUGUUGAGAAUUUCGGAGAGACAGUUACAGCGCACAGGGUAUCUGGACAAAAAGAGUCUGGUAUCCUGGGAUACUUGUCAGGAAUGAGAGCUUUGCCACAAACAUUAUACUUCACUAGGCACGGCGAAAGCGAGUACAACGUGCUCGGUCGGAUCGGAGGCGACGCUUCCCUGUCCCCCCGGGGAGCGCUGUAUGCGCAGGCGUUGGCCAACUACAUCAACGCUCUUGGCUGCCGCGACCAUGUGACUGUGUGGACCUCGGAGCGGCGGCGCACAAAGCAGACGGCCACUGACAUUAGAGCACCGAAGAGAGUAGUCAGGGCGCUCAAUGAAUUGGAUGCUGGUAUCUGCGAAGGUCUGACUUAUGAGGAGAUGCAAGAGCGCUUCCCGCAAGAGUUCGCAUGGCGCGACCAAGACAAACUGCGCUACCGAUAUCCCUGGGGCGAGUCAUACAUCGACAUCAUGACCAGGCUGAGGCCCGCGUUAUCAGCUCUCGAAGACGAUCACAAUGUUGUCGUGGUCGGCCACCAGGCUGUGCUCAGAUGUAUGCUUGGAUACUUCUUGGAUACUAAGCUUGAUGAACUCCCUUACAUGACCGUUCCAUUACACACCAUCGUGAAGUUGACCUCCUACGGCUACAAGUACAGAGUGGAGAUGAUCAAGCUGCCAGUGGAUUGUGUCGACACCCAUCGCGUACAGCCCAAGAUAGAUCAACUUUCAUAUUUUCAUGACAGCUAUGACAUUAAUUCAUGCGCCGACGCAGGAUCGUAUACAUACGUUCUCCACCAACACGUAACUGCUCAAAAACAGGACACCCACGACGCGCUAGUGCAGUACCAUUCCCUUCGACACGCUCCCGUCGAACUUGGGCAGAACCCGACUGAAGCGCAGCAGCUUUGCACCAAAAAAUUGGCUCGCGAACUCGCAGCCCCACAAACCCUAGCAGCAUUACAAGGGUUUAAACCCAAGGGACCACAAAAGGGCUAG